AUGUACGCUUACCACGUCCGAGACACGGCCGAGAAGAUCUACACACUUGCGCACACGAGAUUCGACGCCUUGGACAAAGCGUACCUUGAGCACCCCAAGUACCGGUACCGCAUUGAAGUCAUCGGGCUGGCCCUUCCAGAGGACACCAGCGAUAGCGAGCGCAUCGAGCGGUGCAUGGAACACCACCGCGCAGAGGUUGCAGCGCGCCGGACCACAGGCAGUGUGUUCUUUAUCCAGACAGCCGUUCAAGGUGACUACAAGCAUAGGAUCGCCAUUCGCCGGCUGGACGAAGAUAGGCUGGGCGAGAUCUACAGCGGCGGUAACUUUUUGGAUGUGUCGUUUGAUCCAAAAGCAAUGGUCAGACCUAGUGAUCCCGAGAUGUCACAAUAUGGCUCGUCUCGGUUUGCAACUGCCAAUGUUGGGAGGGUGUUUGGAACUUUUAGGCAGUCGAUCCGUUGGUUUUAUGAUCGAUACGUGGACAACGGCACAAUCUACCGUGACAUGGAGACAUGGAAGUUGGAAGCAGCAAAGGGAAAAUGA